GGAAAAGUUAAAAGUCAGCAUUAAGGAUCUGGCAGUUUCUAAAUAUGGGGUGGAGGCAAUUUGGCUUUGGAUUGGUGUUUAUGCUUGCUUUUGGCCUGUGUGAAGCACAGUGGCAAGGAAGGUCAAUACAUAAUCAGUACCCAAUUGGGCAAAAGCCAUUAGUGCAAGAUUCUCAACGGGGUGAAUCCAGGGUUCCCCAGAGAUAUGAACCCAAUAAUCCUGUAUUUGCACCACAAAGGUUUCCCGCUCCAUUUCCUGUCCAAACACCAGCCAGGGCUGACUUUGGAAAGCCUUCUCAAGAUCUUUUGGGUGUUCAGUCAAAAGAGCUGUUACAGGGUCCAUUGGUGAAACUGACGUGGAGUUUUCCAAGUCUACCAGAGGAACCACAGCAGCCAGACAUUCCCUUUGAGCUCCCGCAUCCUAUCCCUCCCAACAGUGUAGCAGCUCAGUGUGGAGAGAAUUCAGUGUAUGUGGAAGUGAUGGAGGACUUCUUUGGGACGGGGCACCCACUGUUGUCCUCUGCUUUUACAUUGGGAGGCUGUGCUGCAACUGGAGAGGAUCCUUCUGCUCAAGUGCUCAUCUUUGAGUCUGAACUGCAUGGAUGUAGCAGCACAUCAACAGUGAGUGAGGAUGAGCUUGUCUAUACAUUCUCCCUUAUCUACACCCCACAAGAGGCUUCAUAUGGUGUUCCUAUUGUCAGGAGCAGUGGUGCGGUAGUUGGUAUUGAGUGUCACUAUCCAAGAGUGCAUAAUGUGAGCAGCAAUGCCUUAAUACCCACUUGGGUCCCAUAUGCCUCUACUAUAGUUGCAGAGGAACUUUUGGUCUUCUCCCUCAAGCUCAUGACUGAUGACUGGAGAUUUGAGAGACCUUCUAAGCAGUACUUCCUGGGUGAUUUCAUUAACAUCGAGGCUUCAGUGAGGUCGUACAACCACAUUCCUCUUCGUGUGUUUGUGGAUAGCUGUGUGGCUACUUCAAUCCCUGAUACCAGUGCUGUACCCAGAUACUCCUUUAUUGAGAAUAAUGGGUGCCUUGUUGAUGCCAAGCUCACAGGCUCCACCUCUCGCUUUAUGCCCCGGACUCAAAUUGACAAGCUGCAGUUUCAGUUGGAGGCAUUCAGAUUCCAGCAAGAGAUUAGUGGAUUUGUCUACAUCACUUGUGUUCUCAAGGUGUCUGCAGCAUCAAACCCUACUAAUGUUGAGCAGAAAGCUUGCUCUUGGUCUGCUAAUAGGUGGGUGUCUGCUGAUGAGGACGAUCAGGUGUGUGGCUGCUGUGAUGCAACCUGUGGCAUUAGAAGUGGAAGUGAUCAGCUUCUUAAAGAUCUACGGUGGGACAUGGCAUCUGUUGGACCCAUCAGAGUCAAGGACUAUGGUUUCGGUCCAGUGUAGUGUAAUAACUGCAGAACGGCAAAAUAAAUUCUUCCUGGUCAUAUAGUUGAGUUACUGGAUUAUCUAAAUCUUCAGUCAGUGUUGGUGGCUAAAUUUCAGUGCUGAUGACUGGAACUUCGGGUGCUUUUCAAUACUCAAAUUGAUGCUUUCUUGUUUCCUCACUCCUCCGUCCUCCAGCCUGUGACCUGGAAAUAGGUCAAAGAAAGCCAUCUUGAAGGAAAUAUCAGUUCUCUAAUUGCACCGUGAGGAAGCUUUCAGAGGAGCUAUGAGCGAGGAUGCACAGGAGAUGAGAUGCGAGGAAAGGAAACAAGGAUGCACAAAUUAGAAAUGAGAAGCACCCAUUGUUUUUGAGUUCUAGGAAGCACAUGUAAGCUGUCUUUACAGGAGCAAGGCACUUAACCCUAUGUUAGUGUAGUGGAAGUCACUUUGCAUAAGUGGGCCCUCAAAAUUACCAUUUGACAAACCGUUGGUUUGAUUAGACAUGCAAUUUCAAUAGUUGCUCCCAUGGUUAUUAACUUAAACAAAUGUAACUUGUGCAGACAAUGAGGCCUCUUGUCUUGGUUUCAAUGUGUGAAUAUUCAGUGUUUUCAAAGCUCUUUACAUCACAUGGUGAUGCUACGGCAUUGUACAGGAAAAAGGCACAUUGGGCUUAGAAUUGCUUAAACUGCAAUUCACAGUGUAAACUGGCUAGAUGGAAGCGUUCAAACGAAGCAUCAGUGAGGUCCGGUCUCUAACUUUCCUGCCCAGAGAAGAUCUGAACAAUUGUAGGUUAAGCUUGAUAUGCACUCAUUUUUCCAAAGUUUAAAUAAAAUCAAACUGCAACUAUA